AUGACCCGUCAGUUUGGACACAGCCCAGGCAAAAGCCGCUUGCUUGGAUGGGAUCAUAUCGCAUCGCAUGCUCUCCUUUCAUUGUUCCUCUCCCCCCUCCAAAUCAUCUCUCACUGCCCUUCCUCCAUCAUCCCUCGCUACCCUCGCUCCACUCCCCAGGUGAGAAGGGGUUGCAGUGGGGGAGUGGCAGGGGAGGGAGUGGUGGGUUCAAGGGGAGGCGGUGAGGGGGGCGGUGGAGGAUGGCAGAUGGGCGCUCUACUGCCACCUGCUGGCCCACCUCCGGUUCACCCCGCACAACGGCGCGGCGCUGACAGUCCCCCUCCCCCCCCUGCCCCCCUUCCCCCCUGCCCCUCUUCCCCCCUGCCCCUCUUCCUCCCUGUCCUCUUUCCCCCCUGCCCCCCUCCCCUUCCCUACUGUCCCCACUUCCCCCUACUCUCCCCCCCUUCAGUUCCGCAUGUGGUGGUGGAGAGCGCAGAGGUGCCACAGGCCACUCUGGUUCCGACUCCCUCCCUGCUCCCUGCCAUACCCCUUCCUCCCCGCUGCCCUCCCCAUCCCCUCUCCCACAGUCAUACGGCCCGGGUGGGGGUGGAGAUGGCGGAGGCGGUGCUGCUGGCCGUGAUGGAGGCGGCCAGCAGAGAGGACAGCCGCCACUGGAUGGGGCUGUCCCUGCCUCGCCUUGACUCGCUUAACUCGCUUGAAGGGGGCUACAGUGGUGGCACUGCGCAAGUGGCUGCGCUGCAACACUCAUCGCAGCAGCUUGCAUCUCAGCUGUCCCCCGUGGCAUUCCCCAACAACUUCACCAGUGUGGGCAGCGCCACCACAGCAGGCGCACCUCUGGCCUGGCUGCAGGGGCUGCUGAGAGGAGGCUCGGGAAGCAGCACUGGUGGUGUGGACAGGGGUGGUUCAGGAACGGCCGAGCAGCAUGUGUCUCAGCUGCCCCCCGUGUCGUUCCCCAACGACUUCACCAGUGCGAACAGCACCUCAGCAGGCGCGUCUCUGGCGUGGCUGCAGGGGCUGCUGAGACGAGGCAGCGCGAGCAGUGCGGUGGUUCAGACAUGGGUGCGGUGGUUCAGACAUGGGUGCGGUGGUUCAGACAUGGGUGCGGUGGUUCAGACAUGGGUGCGGUGGUUCAGACAUGGGUGCGGUGGUUCAGACAUGGGUGUGGUGGUUCAGACAUGGGUGCGGUGGUUCAGACAUGGGUGCGGUGGUUCAGACAUGGGUGCUGUGGUUCAGGUGGUGAGAGGGAAGGGGGGUGAGGAGGCGGGCAUGGGUGCAGCGAUUGGCACGCAGCAGUGGUGGCAAGGGGAAGAGGAGGCAGGGGAGGGCAGGGGUGGCCCGGUGGGUCUGGUGCGGCACAGUGUGGUGGGUGGCAGACGAGGGGAGCUGCGGCAGCUGAGAGGAUGGCAUGGGAGGUGGGCAGGCAUGGGGUGGUGGGCAGGCAUGGGAGGUGGGCAGGCAUGGGGUGGUGGGCAGGCAUGGGAGGUGGGCAGGCAUGGGGUGGUGGGCAGGCAUGGGAGGUGGGCAGGCAUGGAAGUCGCUUCCUCACGUCGAACACUCUCAGCUCGUUGCCCCCUUCCAUUCGUCGCCAUCCCUUCCCCUCGUCGCCCUCCCUUCCCCUCGUCGCCCUCCCUUCCCCUCGUCGCCCUCCCUUUCCCUCGUCGCCCUCCCCUACCGAUUGUCGCCCUCCCUUCCCCUCGUCGCCAUCGCUUCAACUCGUUCGCACCCACAUACCACACGCAGCAGCCCGAACAGACCUCCCUCCGUUCCCCCACUUACCUCGUCCUUCCCCCACAUAUCACCACCCUCCUCCCCCACAUAUCACAUGCAUUUCCCCCCACCCUUCCCCGUUCUUUUCCCCACAUACUACCAACCUUCCCCUGCCCCGCCGUCGCGUCCCCUGGCAUCGCUAGCCUUGCUCGUCAACCCCCCCUCUCUCUUCCUCUCAUCGCCCUCGCUUUUCCGCGCCUCUCGUUUUUCCGUCUCCCCGUCUCUCUCGCUUUCUUCGUCGCCCUGCUAUCCGCUCCUCGUCGCCUUCGCCUUCCCAGCCGUGUCCCGUCCCCCCUCGCACACUUGUCACCCUCCCUUUUCUCCCCCUAUUUACUCCCUUCCCUCGCCCCAACAAUCGCCCGGCGCCUCCCCCCCACUUAUACCGCUCCCUCUCACUGGUUACCUCUCUCCCUCUUCCCCCCAUCCUCUGCCCUGCUCCCCACAAUCCCCUGCCCUGCUUCCCCCCAUCUGAGCUGCUUCCCCCCAUCCUCUGAGCUGCUUCCCCCCAUCCGCUGCUUCCCCCCAUCCUCUGAGCUGCUUCCCCCCAUCCUCUGA